CUAUCACGAAUACGUUCGCCUGUGAUGAUUCCACCGUACAUUUAAGGAAAAGGAACAAUUACUUGGGCUUGUGAUACCGGCAACACCAAAAGUUGUUGUCUGCCGCCAUUUGAUUUCGAUGUAAGCUAGCAGUCAUUAUUGCGUGGUUUCAUAUAUACCGGCUAUUUCCUGCUUGUUUGUGUUCAAACGUUAAAAGUACUUUUGAUAAUGGCUAGUUCUGAUGUUGAAAUGACUAUAGAUGAUUCCAGUGAUGAUGAGAGUCAGUGCACUAGUUCUGACGAAUCUGAUAAUGAUUCUAAUUUCAACGAGGAUUUUGAAGAGAGUGAUACCGAUGAACCUAAUCGUGAUCCAAUUUUUGAAAUGCCGUGGACUGAGAAGGGGAUUCCUAGGCCAGCGUUCCAUUUUACGUCAAACAGUGGUGUGCAAGUAAACAAUUUAAAGGAUAUAUUACAAAUUUUUGAAUAUUUUUUACAUGAUGAUCUAAUAGAUAUAAUAGUCAGAGAAACAAACAGAUAUCCAUCGCAGUAUAUUUGUUCAAAUCAAGAUAAGCUCAAGCCAAAUUCUCGAGCUAAAAAAUGGUUUGAUACAGAUAGUAACGAAAUUAGGACCUUUAUCGGGUUGCUAAUAUUACAGAGCAUCUGUCCUAAGCCUGAGUAUAAAAUGUACUUUACACGACGAGAGAGCAUCGAGACUCCUGUUUACUCUGAAGUUAUUGGUGAGAGACGAUUUCAUUUGUUGCUAAAGUUUUUACACUUUGUACAUAAUUCUACUCAAAAUCCACGUACAAAAAGCCGAAUAUUGAUCAAAGUUUUACCAGUUUUGGAAAUGUUGAUAAAAGUAUAUGUCAGCUUAUGUACCCGAACAAAACAGCCAUAGAUAAGUCCUUGAUAGGAUGGAAAGGCAGACUUGCUUGGAAACAGUACAUACCCUCGAAAAGGAAACGGUUUGACAUGAAAGUGUUUGC